AUGCGAAGUCGGAAAUCUUACUAUAGACGGCCAUCCAGCAGUCUUGAUUAUUAUUUUCUAAUCGCAUCUCUCUUGGCAGUUGUAGCAUGGUCUCAGUUCAAAAGUUACAAGAUUCAAGCUGUAAGCGAAAACCAAAUAGAUAACGUAUGCAAAAAUACAAAAGUUACUUUGCAGCAAUACCACAAUAAAGUUUGUUUUUCUCUUAGUUUAGAGACAGCCGCACCAUUUCCAACAAUAGAACAUUAUCGAUUAAUCACAGUCGAAUUUGAAAAUAACAAAUAUUUUGAACGCCUAAAUUCUUCGUCCUUUACUGAUAUCGAAGGCAUAUACCCAGAUACAUCUUUUUGCAUAUAUCAUCAUUUUCCAGAUGAAUAUAAAGUUACGACCUAUUGUGAAUUUGAUAUCAUCGAUCAGACUAUAUUCGACUUCAAAGAGCUUGAUCUUACUAUGGAUAAUGAAACAAAUAUACGUGUCGAUGAUUCUACUAUGUUCGUAGCGUCAGAUUUUUGCGUUGACAGAAAUGAUAAUGUAAUUAUAAAUACAAAAAGCGAGGCAAACUCAAGACCAGUGUUAUUAUCAGAUUCUAAGGCAAUGUUACUCAAUUAUCAGUCUCCAGAGACUACAAAAACAUGGCCUGUUGAAGAUUGGACGACAGUUUUUGUUACACCACCAAAUUCGAAGCCAUGGCUCUCGACAAUUAGCUCAUUACUACCAUUAUGGAAAGGAAAUGUUAUGGUAGAUACAGGUGUGAAGAUAAGGAGGUUCCUUGUGCCUCAAAAAGAUCAAGAAACAUAUGAUAGAAUUGUUCCAAAUUAUCCACAAUUUUAUUCCGAUCAUUGUUACAAAUUCGGAGUUUUUCCUAAGAUUCAAAACACGAAAGAAGAUGAAUACUUCGAAUUUAUAUACAACUUAACUGUAAGCUAUGAUGAUUACGUAAUAAAAAGCUUCAGAGAUCGAAUGACAAAAUCUUCAUCGUCUAAUAAUCUUAUUGUUGUCGACGAAUACUUUGAAUCCGACUACAAAGAUAUUCUUGAUCUCGAUGGUUUCGAUGUAAAAGUAAUCGACGAUACUAUGCCGGUUCAUGAAAUCGCAGAUCUUAUUCAUAGCUGCAAAUAUUAUAUUUGCUCUCAUUUGACCACUGCUGUCUUUAGUAUCUUCUUAAGAGAGGACUCAACUCUUAUAGAAAGAAAGAUUAAAGGUGCAGGUAAUUUAAAUCAAGCACAAAUGCUUGCAAAGCAUGUAGGAUGUAAGUACAUAGAAAUAGGCCACAAAUCUUAUAGUAUUACUCCUUCUUUACGAGAAUAUUAUCACUUCGAUAUUUCAUAUGAAAAAACAAACUAUUACAAAGAAGCUUUGAACGCUAUCUUGAAUAAUCAAUAG